UUGCAAAAACUAGCAACACCUGGAAACUACCACUAGUUCCAGCAUCGACCUUCUUCUUCUCGCAUUUUACCCAAAAUCCAAUUUCUGCAAAGUUUCUCUGUAUUCAGUGUCCUUAAUCCACAAAAUGCCCAUCUCAAUUCCGAUUCCAUGCCAACACCUUUCCUUCUCAAAGUCACUGCAAUCAUCUCCAACUCCUCUUUUUCUGCAAUCAAAACUUUCCCGACUAUCCCUCUACACCCCACCUUCCAAGACCAUUAUUCGCAUGGGAGGCGGACCUAGGACCUACCCAGGUGGGGUUUCCAAGUGGCAAUGGAAACGGAUGCAAGCCAAGAAGGCUAAGCAGCUUCUCAAGGCCCGACUUGCCCGGGAGCGCCAAAUCUACGAGAUGCGCAAGCGGGCCGAACUCAAGGCUUCAGUCUCGGAGCUUGAGCGUCCCUGGGAGGUUGUUGAAAAAGCACCCAAUCUCUUCUCUGUCAGCGCUGACGAGCAACUUAAGGUCUUGGCUGACAGGUUUCAGAAACCUGGUGGGUUCGACAUGUGGAGUGAGAGAGACGGGCCGCAGUUGUUUGAAGCGGUUGAUGGGUUGCCUUCUGCGAGGUUUUUUCCUAAAGGGGUUGUGCAUAGUGUCAAACCGUACUUGAGAAAGGAGGACGAGGAUGGGAGUGAGAAUGUGGGAGAGGAGUCUGAGAGUCAGGAUGGGACGAGUUCGGAGAGUUUGAUGCCUGAGAAUUCUGCAAGAACUUCCAAAGUGGACAGGAGGACUGGGAAAAAGAAUGGUGUCAAUUGGAGGAGGAAAGGAUAUAGGAAAAGGUUAGAUUCUGCGCAGGUUGGUUUUGAUAGGAAGAAAAGAGAGCAGAGUUCCAUGAUUCGUGGAGGCAGUGAUAGAAUUAGUAGGAGUAAUUCGCAGUCCAGUGUUUAUGAUAUGAGUUUACCGCAAGAUGGAACUUAUAGGUUUGGUGAGAGAAGUGACUGAAACAUGUCAUCUCUGCUAUGGUAGCCAGAUGGUUGGUUCAGAAUAUUGACAUGGCGACCAUGUAAUAGCAAACGAAGACUGAUUCUCAAAAUUGGCGAGAUUGGGGGGAAAUAUGCAGAGUUUUGCAUGGAAUUACUGAAGUUUGCACCACAAAAACAUGCUGAUCAGUGAUUGGUAAGGAAGCCAAUAUCCUCCGCCAAAUAGGUGAUUGUUUUCCUUGAAAAUCUAUGUUUUAAACUUUAUUGUCCUGUGAGGGCCAAAAAAAAAAAACUUUAGUGUCCUCAAUAAGAAGACAUCUGUCUA